UAGCUGCAACUUCCGGUUAAAUAACUGUGAAACGUGAUUAAGUCUGAACAAUGAAUGAAUGGGUGGGUUAUAAUGACAAAACCAAGGAGCUCAGAUCUUACAGACUAUACUGAAUAGAGUAAACAGGACAAAAUAUAACAAGGAUAUAGACUUUAUAGGGGGAGAAAUUCGCUAAAGUAAUACAGACAAGAUGUCAGCUGGAAGAACUAUCCUUACAAACAAUGUUGCCAAAGAUCGAAUGAUCACCAAAUUCCCACAGGCAUUCCAUCCUGAUGCCACUCCAUACCAGAAAAUGAACUUUCACCCCAAAGUGAGACAAGCUUGUGGAGAAAACAAAACAGGACGAGUUGGUUUAAAAAUUUGUAAAGCUGUGUUAGUAGGAGACGUUUCUGUAGGAAAAACCAGCUUAGUAAACAGAUUUUGCCAUGAUGCCUUUGAUCGUGACUACAAGGCUACUAUAGGAGUGGACUUUGAAGUGGAGAAAUUCUCAAUCCUCUCUGUUCCCUUUACUCUCCAGAUUUGGGACACAGCUGGACAGGAGAGAUUCAAAUGCAUAGCAGCCUCGUAUUAUAGAGGAACUAAUGUUGUCAUGGUAGUCUUUGACCUUAGCGAUGAGCGAUCAUUGACAAAUGCCUCUCGCUGGAUGGCGGAUGCAUGUGAAAAUGCAGACGAACCUGUCAAGUUUCUGGUUGGCACAAAGAAAGACAAAUUGUCCCCUGCUGCCUAUGAUAAUGUAGAAAGACGAGCUGCUGAAAUAUCCAGGACCCUGGGGGCAGAGUACUGGGCGGUGUCUUCAAAGUCAGGAGAGAACGUAAAUGACUACUUUUUCCGGGUUGUGUGUCUGACAUUUGAGAAGGCUGUGCUGCGGGAGUUGGAAUACUCUCCAACACAAACUAAACAGAUUGGAAACGACUUAAUUAAGAUGGAGAAGAAUGAUCUAUAUGAGGAGAAGAAAAAGAAGUCAAUGAAAUGCUGCAAUGUCUAAGUUUAGUCUGUUCACUUGUUCAUCACCUUGAACUGUUUCCAUUCCUUGCCAUGUUUGACUGUUGGCCCAACAUCCCCUGAAGGGGGCGUUGUUAAAGCGUGAAAUGUUUCAGUCAUAAUAUGUACGUGUACCAUACAUAUGUGUUAUAUACAACACAUUAACAUUGUUUUGGUAGUUGUGAAUGUAAAGGUGGAUUCAAGAUGUAGAAAGUCUUUGUGAAUCUCAAAAUUUUAUGAUAAUUCAUGGAAAAAUACUAUAAAAGCAUUGCUUAAAAGUAUUGUGCAUUAAUAUGUCUGUUUUUAAAUUUGGAUAUACAUGUAUGCAUUAUUUUUGAUCUGGACAUUGCUCCACAUCAAGGUUUUAUGAUGUAAUUUGUGUGGUUUGCCUAUGAUUCCAAAGUUUAUCAACAUACAUAAAUGUAAUCUAUUUUCACACACUUGAAUUCCAAUAUUAUUGUUGGUAUUAAUGCACCAAUGCUGAACACUAUUAUUUAUAAUUUGUUUACACCUGUUUAAGUAUUUUAGUGACUAGACCAUUGUUUGUAUACAUGUGACUUUGAAUGUUCUGUGUUCUGUUUAAAUAUUUUCAGUGACCAGAUCAUUGAGUGAUGUGAUUUGUUUUUUCUAUGUUCUGAUUAAGAGUUUUAUUGACGUAAUCACUGAAUCUUGUGGUUUGAAUAUUUCGUCUUCUGUUCAAGAGUUUUAGCGACCAGAUCAUCAAAUUUUUGUGAUUUGUAUAUUCAGUGUUCUAUUUAAGAGUUUUAGUGACCACAUUGUUGAAUCUUGUGAUUUGAAUAUUCGGUGUUCUGUUUUAAGAGUUUUAGUGAUCAGAUCAUUGAAUUUUGUGAUUUGAAUAUUCUGUGUUGUGUAACAUUUUGUAAGGUCAGACACACUCCAAUGACUCCAGACUACCGUCCAUUUCCACUUGAUAAUGUUAACUUAUGUAUAGUUUUGUGAAUGUGAUAGGGGUUUUUGUUUACCGGAGGCAUUAUUUAGUACAUGUAUUUAAGGAAUGAAGGUAAUGCAAGUCCUUCACAGUUUGUAAAAAAGAAUAAAUUAUGAAAAUUUACUUUUAUAACACACAGAAUGAGUAGAAAUUACUUGCAUUCUUUACAAUUCAAUUAAGUAAACUGCAUUUAAUGAAUAAUCUUAAAGAGAGUUUUAAUUUUGUAUGAAAGAGCAAUAUUGCCAUAGCAACAAUGGAAACAGAGAAGCCAAACGCAGUGUGACAUAAUUCCUAAUUCAUAUGGUGCAACUUAAUGACAACUUUGUUUUUAUUAUGUAAGAAAUAUUGAUAAAGUCAAAUCAAUCAAUCAAAUUUCCUUGUACAAGUGAAAUUAAGUUAUAAAGUCAAUGCAAAUCAUGAAGAACUGUUUGUUGCAUUCAAAUUUUUUUUUACUAAUAUGCUGUCCUUUUGCUUUGUGAAUUGUUCAAAGGUUUCUUUUAAGUGGUGCAUAUAUAUAUUUGUGGUGCAUAUAUAUUUUUAUGAUACAUCCACUCACUUGGGUCACAGCACCUUUUAGAUCUAUUGAUCCAUUCACUGCACCUUAUAGAUCCGUUUUUCCAUUCAUUGCACCUUUAUAUCUGUUUAUCCAUUCACUGCACCUUUUAGAUCUGUUGAUCCAUUCACAACACCUUUUAAAUUCUUUGAUUCCUUCCCAACACCUUUUAAAUUCUUUGAUUCACUCACAACACCUUUUAGAUCUGUUGAUCCAUUCACAACACCUUUUAGAACUGUUGAUCCACUGACACCUUUAAAUUCUUUGAUCCACUCCCAACACCUUCAAAUUCUUUGAUUCACUCAGUUAUAUUGCUGUGUUCCAGUACUUGCAUUUUCAGCCGUGAAUUUCUGUUGACAUAGUUUUAUCAAGUGACAUGGUCAUCCUAGUGACACUAAAAUAAAUUGGUUGUGUAGAUUAGAUUUAGGAUUAAUUCAGAAAUAUAAAUUCAGGGAUAAUUAACAUGAUUUUUUUUAAAAUUGAUUCAUUUUAUGGUGUGUUUUUUUCAAAGUUGCCAAUGUCUUUUACCAGUAUUGAAAAUACUGAUACUAAUAAGUACAUGUACAGUAUAUUGGUUGUUCACCAUAACUGUGAGAUGCCCAUUUCUGGUUGUUGAAAAUUAAAGGUAUAUUUAGCUCAACAAUAUUUAUUCUAUUCAGAAGAAACAGUGUGGGUCUGAACAACAGGUUCAGUCUAUUUUAGCUCUCUCCUAUUAUUUUUGAAUUAUGCAUUUGAUUUUCAUGUUUAAUGAAAAUGGUUGUGUGGAAAAUAUAUGCAUUUCACUAUGCAAACUUUUUUUUUUCUUUUGUAGAAUAAAUUUUUUUUGUUGAGGAAGAUUGGCUAGUCAAUUUACAUGGUCAUAUUAUAAUGAAUUAUUAAACAAAAUUGAAAAUAAAA